AUGGCUGUCGCCACGCGCAAGAUCAAACAGUACGGCCUGACUGAACUGUACAUCUCACCAGACAAGCCAGCAUUGGUCGAUAUCGUUCUCGUUCAUGGUCUCAACGGCCACCCAAAAGAUUCUUGGACAAGCAAGAACGGCGAUGUCUUUUGGCCCGUGGACGUUCUUCCUCAAUUCUUGGGCUCUUCCAGAGUGCGCGUUUUGACAUACGGGUACAACGCCAAUGUCACGUCCUUUACAGACGGCGCUUCCAAAGACCGCAUUCACCACCAUGCCGAGACUCUGGCCAGCGAGCUAUAUGCCAACCGGAGCCUUCGGGGCUUUCUCGAGCGGCCCAUAAUCUUCGUCUGUCAUUCCCUAGGUGGCCUGGUCGUCAAGCGAUGCAUGAUUGCAUGUCGGAGCCAGGAAAAUGAUAAGCUAAGACACCUCCGUUCCAUAUACAUCUCCACCUUCGGUAUUUUAUUCCUGGGCACUCCCCACACCGGAUCUGAUGUAGCAAAAUGGGGCUUGUUGCUGCAGAAGAUAUGCAGCGCAGUGUUGCCCAAGAAGUUCAUGGACUCCUCCCCGCAGCUCAUCGAGGCCUUGAGAUCGAAUAAUGAAGUCCUUCAAAAUAUCAACAGGUUGUUCAAUGACUUUUUCAGUCGCUUUCAUAUUUACUUCUUUCACGAGACUAGACCUCUCGACCUGAAGGGUACCCGAGAAUUCGUAGUCGAUGAGGCUUCCGCAGCACCGGAUAUUGAAGGGGCCGAGCGAAUGGGAAUCGAAGCUGACCAUAAUAGCAUGGCCAAAUUCGAGGAUGAUAGUUCACCUGGUUUCGAAGCUGUUGCUGAAGCUAUCAUCCGCUAUUCACGCGACGCACCAGCCGUAAUUGCUGGCCGCUGGGUUGAGGAGAAGGCACAUGUGCAGCUUCAGAAUCGCUCCAAGGCAGACGAGCUUACUAGGUCGACAAUUGAUUUGUCUCAAGGGCCUCUACAAUCAGAAGCAGAAACGACCAGGAUGGGCAAUUCAGUACCAAACCUUCCUCUUCCUCCAAUCUUUUCGCCCGAACCUACCCCUCGGAUGUCACAGAGCGUAGAGGUUUUGUCUCCGCAGCGUGGCCCCCUAUUUGUUGUACCCCCGGGAUUUCACCCUAAUAGCACAUUUAUCGGUAUGGAAAAAGAGUUAUCUGAGCUCCAUAUUCGCCUGUUCAAAUCAAGGAAACGUGAAGAGAGGGUGGCAGCUGUGCUCAUAUGUGGGGGCCCGGGUUCUGGGAAAUCACAUCUUGCUCGUCAAUACGUUCACAUUCAUCGAAAAGACUUCCCAGGCGGUAUAUUCUGGAUAGAUGCAAAGUCUUUUCUGUUAAUGUCAACUUGUUAUUGGGACGUUGCUCGGGCCGCCGCGUUGACGAACAGUGGUGACGACUCAAAGUAUCCAGCCUCGACUGAUGCUGCCAUUUACGUGGACCAGGUUCGGCACUGGUUUGAGUCGAAAGAGGAAUGGCUGAUUGUUUUUGAUGGCUUGAACUUCGAUGAAGAUAGCCAACUCAAUGCCUUCAAGAAAUAUCUUCCUUUCAGGAAAAAUACCAGCAUUAUUUAUACCUCUGUUGACCGCACACUGGCUAAGAAACAACGACUCUUUGAACCUUACUGUCUGACUGUACGACCGCUGAAAGUCGAUGAUGCUCGUCAGCUACUCUUCGAUGAUUUGGACAUUAAAAAACCCACUGCUGAGCAGUGGAAGAAGGCAACCGAGAUAGUGAAUCACUACCAGGGCCUGCCGUUAGCUAUUCAUGCAAUAAGUCAUAGACUCAGAGCGACACGGAAACCCCUAGAAAGAUACCAUAUCAAUUCACAUCUGACCGACCACCGACUAGCAGAGCCUUUCAUUGGUAUCAUGCAUGAUCUCUCCACAAAUGAGCAUAUUGAAGCCAUCAACCUCAUUAAUUUACUGGCAUUCUUCGGGCAUCACAUUCCAGUCGGUAUGCUCAGUUGGGGGAAAAGUGCAUUGGCAACUCAGAAUAUUUCGAUCUUGACUAGUAGUCGCCCAGGAGAGCCGGGGGAUAUCGACAAUACCUUAGGCGUGUUGAUUCAAUACGGUUUAAUCGAAAGGAUAUCUGAUCCUUAUCCUGGAAAGUCACUGCUACCAUGCAACGACAAAGAAGGCAAAGCUGAAAGCCCAGACAGCGAGCACUCUGGAUCCGAUUCAUUCACCGAAAGCAUGUCAGUGUCAGGAAUAUAUCAAAGCUCUAUUGAUGUAAUCAAGAUACACAGCGUGGUUCAAACGUUCUUUCGUGACGAAUUGAAAAUUCUAGACGGGAAGCACAAACAACAGCACAUUACCAUUGGCCCUGGCAACGAUGGCCUUUUGCAACAGAAACACGCGCCGAGUACACAACCAGGAGCUGACUUCCCCGGUUAUUUCUUGGGAUGGCUGUUGAAUGCCACCAAAGUCUUUUGUAGAUCCUAUGAUAAUGCUCGUUACAAGAUGUCCAAAGAUCGCACGGGAUCCCUAUUCAUUAAGGACUUGCGUGAGUAUGAGACUCACGCUGAAAGAUUGAUGGGUCAUUACAAGAAAAUAGAUACCCGGCCCUCUACGUUGACCGUCAAGGAGGCAAAGAAGUUCCUCAAGGAUGCAGUGAGGGAUAUCAAAGUGGAAAUAGGAAAAAUAUCUCCCAAUUCCUGCGAGGAUUCUUUGCGUCAUGAGAAAUCGAUUUUCAAUCGCUCCAGCAGCUCGUCUUCAGGACCGUCUUCUUCCAUGGAGGACAGCAUAGCUUCACAACGCUCCACUUUUUAUGGGGGUGAUUGGGAAUCUGUCAAAGUCCAGUCUCCCGUGGAAAUUUCUCUCCCGGAGAAUAAACCUUCGUCUCAUUUCCCUCUGGCGACCAUGUACCGAGAGACGCUUGAAGAGAAGAAUGAUGGCUAUCUCAGUGAUGGUGAAGGCCUAAAAAGCCGCACACGGCGGUCAUCUGCGAGCUCAUCGCGGUAUAGUCAGAAUACAGAAAAGCCACCUUCUACUUCCGCUACUGUAACUUCACCUACUUCACCUGCUCUUCCCGCUGCAAUCGAUGGAUCAGCUUCUGGUGAUUCAGGUUGGGAGACUGUGCGGCGAAAGAAAAAAGGAAACAAACCCCAGGAGCCUUCGGAAAGAAGAUCUAGGUUUCGCGGCAGACUCAACCGAGAUUUGGGGUCAUAUAGACCUUCUCCUGUCACCAAAGUGUCAUCGGCUCAAGGGGAAGGUUCGAUGAGUCGUCCAUCCUCGGCGGCUCCCGACAAAGGCUUAAAGUCCCAUAACGCCAAAGAUAUACUAGCAUCAUUCCAUAAGCCAGAUGUACGAAAAUUUGGAGAAGAUGAAAGAGUCUCGCCACCUGUGCUGCCGACAUAUCAAAAAGAAAAUCAAUCUCCAUGGAUACUUCCAACUGCCCCUACUCAAGGGGCGAGAUUCUUGAAGGAUAUGUCGCAUUUGGCUUCUGGGCAAAGCGCACCGAGUGUCUUGGAUCGACAUAAGAAAUUAUCUGCCUUUACGAGACCUCGAAAUACGGUGGAAAAUAGACUAGGCCUCCAAAUGGAAUUCAACAUGGAAGUACCAAGCAGUGCACAGAGUAGCUCUAUACCAUCACCAAUAUCAGCUGAAUUUGGCAAAGGUCGGCCGAACCCGCUGAGUUACAGUGACCCUUCCCUAGUACGAGCGCCCAUUCAUCGUGAUGCUGGUACGGUUCCAGGCUCCCGAAACCAUUCGAGGAACUCGUCUGCACUUGCACCAUAUGGCCGUGAAGCCGUAGGAAACUCUGUGCCUCCUCAAACGAACCAAACGCAUCUCGCUUUCACUCCCAGACCCAAUGCAAACGAAUUCAGCUCUACUCCACUAAGAUAUAUUCCCGUGUCAGACAGUGGUACAUUUGAAGUGCAAAAGAGAAACGAAAGGCGGAGUCAAAAUCUCGAGGUGUAUCCAUCAUUCCUUGUCUCUGGAUCCCCACCUCAACAGGCUAUUCCUGGAGGGUAUACAUCCGAACCACUUUCGGCAGCCAUGUCUCGCGAUCCAUCUGGACAAUCUCGUAUUUCGUGGCAGACAGACCCAAAUCCACUUUCUCGUCCGGUAUCUCAACCUCCACUUCCAAAUACUUAUGGUUCUCAGUUGCCCACCUCAAGGUCUACAAGUCUUUGGUAUGCGCCAGAAAGAACAACCCCUAUGUCUGUAGGUAGCAGCACAGCUGCCACAGCGUAUGUAUACCCAGUUGUAUCGCCUCCAGCGGAGGUCAUAGGUUCGUCAGCACCGCUUUCAUCCCGUUUUGAGUACGGGGGGGAGCCCGAGACGACAGCACCAGCCGCAACAACUGGGAGAGAGACAAUAGUGAAAAACAGCAUAUACUUUGGAGGGCACAAAGUGGACGUGGAAGAAGCACGCCAACGAGUUCUAGACUGGAACCUGCGCCAGCCAUCGACGAUGGGAUUUGCUGGGAGUCUUGAUCCUAGAACUGGGCAAGCACCACGCAUGCAGCCGCAGAUAUCAGAUCCAGGGACCAUUCCUGUUCCUGUACCGGUACCGGUACCUAUACCCAUCGCUACUCCUAGCCUAAGCGGUCGAUCAAGAUCUGGAAGUUGUCCUCCCGAACCAAUCUACUCUGAGCUGGGUCUUGGAAUUGAUGUUCGAUUUUCUCCUCCUACUCGCAACCGUUAA